AAUAUAUAAUCAAUAUAAGCUUUUGUGUGCGUGUGAUAUUUACCUGUAAACUUAACCUCUUAACGCAAACUUUAAAUCUAGUUUGGAACAAUGUGAUAUAUUUACCAUGGUUAAAAACAAAGAUAGUUAUAAAUAGUAAGGACACCAUUCAUCAUGAACUCACUAGCAGUAGCAGCGAUACGCUUGGACGAAUCUUCCACAGAAUGGGCUUUCUCAUUUGAAGAUAAUAGAAAUGUAAUCGGAAAGAAAUAUUGGGGAGCUGCUGAACGUACGAAAGUACCAUUGCAUUUGUUAGUUGAACCAGAUGGUAAAACUCUUUACGCUUUUGGACAGGAGGCUGAAGGCAUAUAUGCUGACUUGAAGAAAGAUAAUAAACAUGAAAAGUAUUAUUAUCUUACUAAUAUCGUCGGAAUGCUGAUGGAAAACUACGGAAAACUAAAAAAUACAGAAAAGGAAGUUAUGCUACAAGAUGAAAUGGGCAAAUCUCUCCCUGCAUUGACAGUGUUUUCAUUGGUUAUUAGGUAUUUGAGAAAUGAUAUGCAGUCAAACAUCAAACAACUCGAAGAAAAAUCGUUUGAUUUUGAGAAAGAUGUGUAUUUUGUUAUAAUUGUCCCGGCGCUCUUGCAAGAAAGCCGAGAAAUCAAUCUGGUAACAGAAGCAGCAUUGGCGGCUGGAAUUGAUGCUAAAAUGAUUUCAGUUAGUACGGACAUAGAUGCUGUUUCGAUCUUUUACCAAUAUUCUGCAUCUGAGCACAACAGAUCUUCUGGAUGUUCAAGUGGAUUGAAAUACCUUAUUGUUAAAGCAGGGGCAGUUACCACCGACAUUAUGAAACAUGAAGUGGCGCAGAAAGAUGAGUUGAAGGAAGUAUCAACGGUCACUAGUUGUAAGGUCGGUACAACAUUGGUUGAUGAAGCUAUCGAAGAAUUUCUGAUCAAGAUCUUUAGAAAAGAUGUUUUUGAAGAGUUCAAAGCCACAAAGCGGUUUGACUUUAUUGGCUUAAAAGAUGAAAUCGAGGUGAAAAAGCAUAAUUUUGCAACGGAUACAUCAAACGUAACGUUAAAACUUCCCGUUUCUCUGAUGGAGCUACACAGAGAGUUCACUGGGAAAAGUAUUGAAUAUCAACAAAGAAAAAGUCCUUCAAACGAUUUUUCAUUGAUAAGUGACAAAUUAAGACUGAAUGCCAACAUAUUUAUGUCAUUCUUUGACAAGGCAACGAAGCAGGUUAUUUCAUAUAUCCAAUCGGAGCUGAGUAACGAAAAGUUUGACAUUCUUCUUAUGUUUGGUCAGUUUACAGAAUUACCAGUUCUUCGGACAGCAGUUGAAUCAGUGUUUCCAAAUAUCAGAGUUGUUUGUGAAUCUGAUAUUUUUAAAGGCGCUUUUAUUAUCGGAAAUAGACGAAGACCUGAACGUAUCACUAAACUGGCUCCAGCGAAUAUAAUGGUGGCAGCAAUUGACUUUGGAACAACAUAUUCAGGUUGGGCCUUCUCAUUCCUGAGUGACUUUAAGUCUGAUCGGACAAAGGCAUCCGCUCGAAAAUGGCAUUCUGGUUCUACGCAAACAGACAAAACGCCAACAUGUAUACUUUUACGCCCUGAUGGAAAGACAAUAGAGGCUUUUGGAUACGAUGCUGAAAACAGAUACAGAGAUCUGAUAGACAGUGGUGAACAUGAGAAAUAUUACUAUUUUCGACGUUUUAAAAUGUUGCUAAACAAAAAGCUUGGAGAGAAAAUCAACAGAGAAAUUACACUUGAAGAUGAAAUGGGUCGAUCAUUGCCCGCGCUUGAUAUUUUUGCCUUGAGUAUCAGAUUUCUGAAAGAAGAUGUAUUAAAAGCUGGUGACAAUCGAUUAAUAGGACAAAUACAGGUACAAGACGUCCAUUGGGUGCUGACAGUACCCGCCAUUUGGACUGACGGCGCAAAACAAUUUAUGAGAGAAGCAGCUAUUAAGGCCGGAAUCGAAAGCAGAAAACUGACGAUAGCUUUAGAGCCAGAGGCAGCGUCAAUAUACUGUCGCCAUCUUUCUAUAGAAGCUACAUUCAAUUACACAGGCGCCAGUGUGUCCUCUUUUAAACCCGGGACAAGAUAUAUGAUACUGGAUGCAGGAGGCGGAACUAUUGACAUAACCGUCCACGAAGUUAAUGAAGAUGAUGGGGUUAAAGAAGUACAUGCUGCCUGCGGAGGAAGUUGGGGCGGAACAAUGGUUGACAAAGAAUUUGAAGCUGUGCUUCUUGAUCUAGUAGGUGAAGACAUCUUUCAGCGAUUCAAAACGGAAAACAUGGAAGAUUAUCUUGAAUUAUGGAGAGACUUCGAGAUCAAGAAAAGAGCGAUAUCUCCAUCUGAUGAAUCACCUGUCAGAAUGAGGCUUCCUAUAACUCUGAUCGACUUGUUCAAAAACGAAAAAACCUGUACUUUGAACACUGUUAUAAACACAUCAAAAUAUGCAAAUGAUAUCCAGCUUAAUGGCGACAAAAUGAAAAUGUCCGCCGAAUUGUCAAAGUCUUUUUUCCGUCAUUCAAUCGACAAUACUAUCUGCUACGCCAGAAGCACAUUAAAAGAUAUUCAUGUUACAGCAAUACUAAUGGUUGGUGGUUAUUCAGAGUCUCCAAUGCUCCAACAAGCUAUUAGAUCUACCUUUGCUGACAUUGAAGUAGUCGUUCCGCUGGAGGCCUCAUUUUCCAUUAUGAAAGGAGCGCUUAUUUUCGGCCAUUUUCCGCGGUUCAUUACCAAACGCGUAUUAAAAUACACAUAUGGUAUCGAAACGACGACCGCUUUUGUAAGAGGAAAGCACCCAGAGAGCAAACGUGUCCAUGCUGAUACAGGCGACAUGUGCGACAAGAUAUUCGACAAACAUGUUGAAAAAAGUCAAAGUGUUAAGGUCGGGGAGCCACAAGUCCGCAAGUCCUACAUUCCAGUCUACAAACAACAAAAGCAAUUAGGGUUCUCAGUGUACGCUUCUGAAAUACCAAACCCAGAGUACACGGAUCAGAAUUGUUACUUUGUUGGAAAGAUGUUUGUUGACAUAGGCGAUGAAAGUGACCUGGACAGGGAGGUAAUGGUGGCGCUUACAUUUAGCGAUACAGAAAUCGUGGUGGAAGCUAAAGAAAAGAAAUCCGGGAAAGAAACAUAUGCUGCUAUCGAUUUUCUUGGCUAGACCAUUUCUAAGAUAAAGAAUUCGUGAGAAACAUGUUGUAAUGCACAUCAAUACUGGAAUUGGAAUAAUUGGAAAUGUUCACGAGGGAUAUAUUUUUGCUAUAUUUACGGUCUCUACGUUUUAUUAUUGUAAUAUAUAACCAUAUAAAAUUUAUUCAAAUAAAUCGCAAGACAUU